UAUACUUAUAAAUCAAAUCUAAAAACUUCAUAAAGGAAUGAAAGAAUAAAGUAUUACAUUUCCAAUAGCUAUGUCUGAUAUGAAGGAAUCUUCGAAGCCUAAAUUACAAGAAUUCAAAAAAAACACUGUAUGUGCAAAUUGCAAAAUGUGGAUUAUCAAAUAAAAAUACGCGAAUUGUGUAAUAUGUGAAGAUGCUUAUCAUCAUAAUUAGACCAAAAUAAAAGGAAAUAACCAAAGAUUGGACUUGUGCACAUUGCAUUGAAUUGAAAAAUACUUUUCCAGAUACUAAUGAUGAUGAGAUUGAUAAUGUUUGUUAGAAGUGUUAGAAAGAAGUAGAUUCAAAAGAUGAAGUAAUCUGUACAAAAUGUAAUAAAAUAUUUCAUAAAAAAUGUUAUGGAACUAAAACCAUUUCCCCUAUUUGUAACCUUUGCCAUUCAUAAAAACCCCCAAAAUUCAUUUUGAAUGAAAAAAUGAACCAUCUCCUCAACUUUGGUGUUCCGAUGACAAGUUCUAAUUUAUUCAUACUACCAUGUUGUGUAUAUGACGAUAAGUUGAGAUAGAAUUGCUUUCAAUCACUCUAAUAUGCCUUAUAUUGUUAGAAUAUUAAUUUUAAUGAUGAUUUAGUUUAUUCAUCUGCUAAAAAAGAAUUAAAUAAUGGCUACAAUGAGAAACUAGAUCCUUUGAUAGGGAAGGAUCUUCUGACCUUUAAAAAGUACAAGUAAGUGACAAGGAUUGGGUUUUAUGGACCUUUGAGAGUAGAAUACAAUUUAGAUUAAGGGUUCUAUGUUAGAUCUGUACAACCCAUAGCUUAUAAAACAUUAAUUUGUGAAUAUGCAGGAGAUGUCUACAGAUUUGCAGAUCAAGUAUAUAGUACUUCUGAUUCAAUAAUGAGCUUGUUAGAAACUGGUUUUGCUGCCACAUCACUUGUUAUAAUUCCUGAGAAGAAUGGGAAUAUAGCAAAAUAUCUAUCAGGAAUAAAUAAUAGUAAGAAAAAUAGCAAGAAAAUGUAAUAGAAUGUGAAAUCUAGACGAUAUAAUGUUGAGGGGUAGUCUAGAGUGAUAUUGUAUGCAUGUAGAGAUAUAAAAUCAGGAGAGAUAUUAUAUUAUGAUUAUAAUGAAGGGGAAUUUAAAUAUAAUACAAAUUACUUUGUUUGA